AUGAGUGAAAUAUUCAACAGUGUCAAAGUACCCUCUCCGAUAUCCUCUUUGACAGAUACACCACCAAGCUCACCAACAGCCCACGAUGAAGCUUCUGUAAAAGCACUAUCAGUGUCAGAAGAACCUACAGCUAGCAAGAAAGCGUUUCAGCAGACUAACUCAUAUAGGCUGGAGAAAAUAGAUAUGCCAAUAACGUCACCAUCUAAACGACCUAAGCUGUUCGAUGGCUAUUCACCAGUUCUGGACCAACUUUGGCGCGACUCUGAAAUUGCUAUCAACGAAGCAAGUGUUACUCUAUCCCCUCACUCUCAUAGUCUCUUUGACGGAAACUUGGAGUAG